GUUGUCAUUUUUUCCAGGUCCACUGACUCGUCCUUCUGUUGCAAUGCCUUGUCUGCUAUGCCCGUCUCUCUUGUGCUGCCUCCUCCUCCUCCCCUUUCCACUAGCCUCCAGUUGUGCUUCUAAUGGAGACACAGUGGUCAUAACCAGCAGUGGCCCUAUUAAGGGCAAGCAGUUCCUGUCUGGCCUUGGAUCUGUGACAGCCUAUCUAGGCAUUCCUUAUGCUGAGCCUCCCCUGGGGAAGUUGCGUUUCCAGAAACCUCUUCCACAUCAGCCAUGGAAGCAACCAUUGGAAGCCACCAGUUUUGGCAAUUCCUGUCCUCAAUUUAUUUCCCAGGAUGUCCCUGAAGCAGAGAUAUGGUCUCCUAAAACACCACUGUCAGAAGACUGCCUUUCGCUCAACAUCUGGGUGCCACACCCACAACCUUCUGCCCCAGUGCCUGUUUUGGUCUGGAUACAUGGAGGAGGAUAUUUCAUGGGCACGUCUUCUCUGGAGUUGUUCAAUGGGGCAUCCUUAGCUGCCACUGAGAAUGUCAUUGUGGUCACCAUCAAUUAUCGCUUGGGAGCCUUAGGCUUCCUUUACUUUCCACCAGCUGCCCCAGGGAACCUAGGCUUAUUGGACCAACAGCUGGCCCUGAAGUGGGUAAAAGAGAAUGCAGCUGCCUUUGGGGGAGAUCCUUCUCGGGUGACCAUUUUUGGCCACAGUGCUGGAGGAGCUUCUGUGAAUUUCCAUCUUCUCGCGCCAAAAAGCCAGGACCUUUUUGCCCAAGCGGUGAUACAGAGUGGAACAGCCAAUGCCUUCUGGGCUUGGAGGUCUCCUGAGGAAGCCAAACGGAUAUCUCUGGAAUUCAUUCAUUUGCUAGGUUGCUCUGAGGACAAUAAGAUCAGCAUAGGGCACUGUCUGCAAACAAAAAAUGUUUCUGAAUUGAUUCGGCAUGAAAUGGCUCUCUUUGCGAAAGGUGGCAUCCUUCUGAAUUUUCCCUUCAGGCCAACCACAGAUGGGGACUUUUUACUUGGGGAACCAGAAAAGCUCAUGGAGGAGGGGCAAAUUCAGGUCAAACCUGUCCUCAUAGGUGAAACCUCUGAUGAAGCGGCCUCAUUUGUCCAUUAUGUUUUCUCUAACAUCACCCACAAUCUCAUCAGUCAGGAGCAGCUUCUGAAAGGGAUACAGCUGUUGGUGCCAAAUGCAACUGAAGAUGUGGUUCAGAGUAUAGCACUGAGGUACAGUGAAGGGAAUCACGGUCCAGCAAAAUACCGCUCCGCUCUGUCCCACUUCUAUACAGAUCGGAUAUUUACAUGUCCAUUCAUUGAAGCUGCAGGAAAUAUCAGGAAAACGGGGAGUCCUGUAUAUGCGUAUUUAUUCGCACAUCGCCCUUCAUGGUCAAUUUGGCCUGAAUGGAUUGGGGCAUCCCACGGUGCUGAGGUUCCUUAUGUUUUUGGGACCCUUGAAUCAGUGAUGCCUGUCAAUCAAACAUACACAGAGGCUGAAGCCAGACUGAGCCGUAAGGUGAUGCACUACUGGGCAGAAUUUGCCAGAACUGGGAAUCCUUCCGGGUCAGCAGCCACCAAGGAUAAAUGGCCUCUCUAUGAUCCCACAGAGCGCAAUUUCUUCCUUCUUAAUACUGGGCCAUUCCAGGAAAGGGCGAAAGAGCAUUGCAGUUUUUUAAAGAGCCUUUUUUCAAAGGCUGAAGAGCCACAAAAGUCCGAAGGUGAUCCUGUUUCAUCAGACUAGGAAGAAGACAGGAGGUGUCCCUAACAGUGAUACUGUCAUUCAAUAGGGAGAAGUGGGAGCCCUUGAAUUUGAUUCAUUACUAUUGCCUGCAACAACUGUUAUUUUAUUACUUGUAUCCUGUCGCCAAUGCGCCUUGAGAUUUUCUCACCUCUUGGGAAAUGUUUAGGGCGGGGGCAGGUGGGUUGUUUCACUUUGAAAGCCAGCGGAGAUGGCCAUGGGAAUGUAUGCUUAUCUGUUUCUCAGAGCGGCCGGUACAAUGACAUCUUCACACCUGUGGAUUGGCUGAAAUCCGCAUUUGGCUAAAGGGAGGGGGUUUUACUGCUUUCAUUCUACUUGUUUUGCCUAAGGGUAUUCAGACUCUGCUUCAAAUGUAUUGCUAUCACUUCUGCUUAAUAAAGGGUUCCUUUAGAAAUA